AAAGCUCCGAAUCCGUGUUUUAAAUGUGUAUCGUGAAAUUAAUACCGUUCCAAGGAAGAUGCUGAGAGAACUGCGGAUACUCCGAAUUUUUACGGUCAAGUCUCGAGUUCUCCUUUAACGAUUGCCUCUGUAAUACUGACGGAGGAAAUGGCGACCGACAUCGAAGAAUCGGACACCGAUGAUCACGAGAGGCCCACUCCGUCGAAAAGGCAAUGCACAAGAUUCGUUAAGGUCAACGAGACGUUUCAGGAUACGGUAAUUGAAAAGAGUUCGAGCGAUAAAGAUGAGACUACUCAACGUACAGACAACAUAGAAUACGACGAGGCAGAACUGCUUGCGAGGGAAAGGUUGAGAAGGUGGCAGGCGUGCCAAGUGGCUAAGGGAUUCGUGGACAAUAUCAUUAACAAAGUUUUAGAGAAUUAUAUUAUGGGAGCACCCCCUUCUUAUCCUCUCGAGGAAUCCAGAUUUCAGUUGUUCAGAGCAAACGAUAUGGAAGACACGGCGAUUAUGAUGGCGAUACGUCAUCACGGUCUGGUUCAGUCCGCGGAAUUGGUUCCCCAGUCCAGUGCGUUUUACAGUGAUAAAGCUCCAGGAUAUUGGACCGAUGUACAUUGUUCCUGUCCGUCUAAUCGUGUUCAAGGAAUCGGAAAUUUCGGAAACUCUGUAGCUACUACUUCUGCCAAUUCUUUGAGACUGAACGAUUCGACUAAUCUGGAAGAAUACAACGGACUAGAUUGGGAUUUGAAUAAAGUAGACGAGAGUGACCAGGAGGAGAACUUUUUAGAAAGAGCCGUAGCCGAGGCUAUCAAGAAAAAAGGACUCAGUGCUCUUAGCGUCGACUACGGUUGAGCACGCCUAAUAAAGUCUCGCCCUAAAAUAUGUUUAUAUAAUAGCGAUGCAUAUAAUUUUUUAUCUUUGCAAAUCUACUUCGAUUUGUACGAUCGACUUCAUAGAUGAUAUUCGUCAGAAGUUGUUCAGAUAAUUUUACUAAGGAAAACAAACUCUGAUGAUUAUCUAUUUCUUUACCUAUCGAAUGCAAAUGAAACCAGUUACGCGUAGAAGCGUAGCGUAUGCGUACGCUAGAUUAAAAUAUCUUCUACGAGAUUUCAUUAAUAUAUAAAAGAACACGAAUGUAGUACAAAAUUUUCUUUGUAUUCCAAUGCACUUUUUAAGAUCG